AUGGCACCAGCAUCAAAAACGUCGUCCCUUGACUCCAGGACCUCUUUUGUCGACCCGCCGGCCCCAGACUCAGAGUUUUUUCCAGAUAGUGGAAACCUCUUCCCCAAGUACGCUGACGUGUUUCCCCGCACAGCAGUCGAAGUCUGGCUCUUCGAUGCCCUUUCCUUAGAUGGCAGCGACAACUUCACCGUGUCCUUCUUGCGCGACGCGAUGGCUGCCCCAGCGGGGUUUCGCGUCGCCGUCAACGCCAGCUGGGCCGACGGCACGAACUGGAGCCAUAACCUCGUGCUGCCUCUAUCGACAGUAACGCAGGAAGCUUCGGAACGCACAGUGGGCGUCUGGAGGACUGCGGAGGGCGCGGAGAACGAAGCUUCCGCAACCUUCGAAAUCAGCGAGGACCUCUCCCUCUCUACCGUCACGUUCAAUGCCCCGGGCUUCAUCACCGGCACUCUCACGCACAAGAACAAGUGCUACCCCAGUCUCCCCGCCACCGCAGCUGACGCAAAAGUCGGGCACGACCUCUUCUGGAUGCGCCCUGUGGCCAUGGCAUCUGCAACUCUCGAUAUCAACAUCACGCCGAUGCCCGGCGCGGAGCAGAAGCACAUGCUGAUUACCAGCGAAAAGGGUGGAUACGGCGGCCUCGAGCGCAGUUGGGAGGGCAUGCCAUGGACGAAAGCCAUCACGGAUUCGCUGUUUGUUCGGGCGCAGGCCGGCCCGUACGUUCUCCAGGUGAUGCGGCUGGUAGGUCGACCAGAGAAUGACUACGCGCUCACUGCAUCUGCGCGACUGUACUGCGAUGGGAAACUAGUUUGCUCUCCGCAACGCGCACUUGCGAAAGCGGACGGGAAUACGGCUGGGGUGGGGACGCAUGCGGUAGUUGUGGAAAGGCUUUUCGACGGAGAUGGUCUUCCUGCGGCGUUCCGGCAUAAGAACGUUGGGUAUAGAAUCGAGUUUCUGGCUGAUGCAAAAUGGGUGUUUGAGCUGAGACAUAUGAGGAAAUGGUGGGUUAUGCCAACGAGUGCACCUGGGCCGGAUGCGACUGGCAGCUCGGCUUUUGUAAUAAGUGUGAAGGGGGGCCUGCCUGGGUCUGGAGAUAUGUUUGAGGGUUUUGGAAUGGCAGGACAGGUGGAGAUGCCCGAGGUAAUGUCUACUCAGAAAUACUAA